AUGGACUUUGCGACCCUCGGGCGCGCCCCGAUGCAUUUGAGUCUGGGCAGACGCCGGAUCACUUCGCGUGACCUGCAGAUCGUCGAAGCAACAGAUGAGCUGCUGAGUGAGGAGGUGCCGGAGCCCGACGGCGUCGCGCAGAACGUCAGUCUUUUACGCGGGUUUAAUGCGACGAUCCCAAGCGCGGAGAAAAGCCGUAUCCGGCGGAGACAGACACGUAACGUGGAUGCUCCGCGGCUAGGAUUGAAGAGGCUGGGGAUGAGCGCGCGAGGAAUGCUAGGAGGUGAGGAAGACCACGACGGUGAGAGUGUAGCGAGUGAGGAAGAUGUCGUGUAUAUCUCCAACUCGGAGACGCGAGGUAGGAAAAGCAAGGGCAAGCGAAGGGGUAGGCAGAGCUUGAGUGCCGGAAAGACAUUUGGACGAGAAGAGCUCCUACGCCAGACGCAGGAGAUCGAGCGCGACAAGGAGAAUCUCCAUGUCCGCCGAACACUUAUCAACAGCGAGAUUGUGGAAAUCACGAACAAGAUCGAAGCGCUUGAUGCUAUGCGUGCCAAGCUGGAGCACGAUCUAUUGAAGCUGCAGGAGGAUGAGCUGGAGUUGGACGACGAACUUGAGGGCGUCAAGGAGCGAUUAGAGCUUGAGGAGUCUACAAGUCGAACCCGGGGUGUUGUACACGUAGAUCAUAUUCAAAGCUCUCGGAGACGUAAAGGACCCGCUUUCUUGCCGUCAGAACAUGACGAGCUGCCACCAGCUGGUCAUUCGACACCAAUUACGGCUCUCGACUUUUCAGAACCGUACGGCACGCUAGUCAGCGCAUCACAGGAAGACUCGCAGCCUAGGGUCUGGGACUUGCUCACGGGCGAGGAGGUUGGCCGACUACGAGGCCACCAGGGUACUGUAAAGUGCGUCCAGGUGGAAGACCAGGUCUGCCUGACAGGCGGGGAGGAUGGAACUGUGCACGUGUGGGAUUUGCGGAGGGUGGACGAUGACGACGAGUGGGAGGGCGCAAUGCUGAGCCUAAGCGAUGUCGCCGAGGAGGAUGAAAGCCAGGACGGAGGCGUUGUAAAGACCAAUGGUAUUCGUUCGGGCUCAAGCAAACCGUCGAGUGUAUCCGAGCGAGAUGGUCCUUGUAUCCGAGUUCUCGAGGGUCAUACGAAGACCGUCUCCACGUUGUACUUUGAGGACGAAUGCCUGGUUACAGGCGCGUCCGACAAAACCAUGCGGCAGUGGGACCUCAAUACCGGCCAAUGUGUCAUGACCAUGGACAUACUUUGGGCAAUCUCUCACCCAACAGCCGCAAUUCCAGGCAAUGCCUUACCAAAUCAUCUCUUCUCCGGUGCUGCCGCUGCUGCAGGCACCUUCGCGGUACCCACUCCCCCUUAUGCUGACGGCACCUGGGACAUGUACGAAGACUUCGUCGGUGCGGUGCAGUUCUGGGGCUAUGCGCUGGUCAGUGGAAGUGGAGAUGGUGCGGUACGGAUGUGGGACAUGCGGACUGGCCAGCCUCACCGCACACUACUAGGCCAUACUGGACCCGUCACCUGCUUACAAUUCGAUGAGCUGCACGUCAUAAGCGGUAGUCUAGACAAGUCUAUUCGGAUAUGGGAUCUGCGGACAGGAGGCAUUUUCGAGACCCUCAAGUAUGACCACGCUGUUUCCGCACUGCAGUUCGACACUCGGAAGAUCGUGGCCGCAACUGGGGAGAAUGGCGUUAAGAUCUACAACCGCACCAGCAUGCAGCAUUCGACACUCAUGACGAACGGCCAUAUGAAGCCAGUGGAGAGACUACGUUAUAUGGAUCGAUAUCUUGUCUCUGGUGCACGCGACUCGACGGUGAAGAUCUGGGCUCUGUGA